UCGCGUUGAUAGCCAAUCUUCGGUAACCAUGACGACACUUUGUGUCUGGUUCAGUUUAAUUGAAUGAUGGAGAUAGAGUCCCCUACCAGGAAUCAAAUGAAACAGCACGGCGAAUCAGCCGAAGACAGAGAUGACAGCUUUAAAUAUGAGGAGAACUUUUUGAAAGACGAAGUAAAUCUUGUUAGAGAUGAAGAUGAGGAAAUUAUAACCACGCAGCACCGAGCAGAGGCAGAUCCGACCGUUAAGACGCUCCGUCCAACCCAGCAACAGCUGUCGAUGCUGGAUUUUUUUCGCCAUUUCCUUUCACAAAAUGAAAUGACGGCAACAAUGGAGUGUUUGGAAAAUGAAUGGGCAGAGCUGGUGCAGAAAGGAGAGUUGGAUGAUGAGCGGAUCGGCCCGAUCCCGGAAGUGUACACUGAGAUCCAGAGUUUGACCAGAGAGUUGAAAAAAGCUGUGCGGGAAAAGGAGGAGUACGUGCGGAUGGCGCGUGAAGCAGCUGGAGCCCUUCAGGGGGCGCGGAGAGCAAGAGAAGGCCAGCGGCUGCAGCACAGAAGGCUGGUCCAGGAGAACAACAAACUCACUGAAGACAUAGAAAGACUGAGAAUCAAAUGCGACGCUUCAAAGUCUGAAGUGGAGAGGAUGAGUGAGAAAUACAAGACUGCGUCAAAACAGGUCUUUCAGAUGGCUGUGGGGAUGGAUAAUAUAUCAACAGAAAAAGUAUCAUAA